ACAAUGUCCCCCAGCCCGCCGAGGUGGGAGAUGAAGUGGAGCUCAGUCGGCUGUAGCUUUGCUGAUGUUUUGUGGGCUUUUCUGGCUUUGUGUUUCCUUGUAGCUUACUGCGUUCACAAAAUAUCAUCACAGCUGCACAAAAAUACGAAACUUCGUAUUUCCGUUUUAUUUCAGGAUCUUAUUCGGUACGGAAAAACCAAACAAACCCUGAGAAGAGACGACUGGCUGCGUGUGUUUGACGUCCCAAAAAGGUGGUUCUGGCACUUCUAUGCCAUCUCUGUAGGCUGGAAUGGUCUUCUUCUGCUCUUGUACCUCAACCUCACAUUUCGGCAUCAGUCCUACCCACCAUGGCUCACCGGGUCGUUAGACAUUUUGACAGGUUUACCAAGCACUGACAGUCAAGUCCCACAGCUGUCCACUGUGCUGGUGCUGCUGCUGCUCUGUGUCCACUCCCUCAGGAGGCUGCUGGAGUGCCUGUUUGUCAGUGUUUUCUCUGAUGGAGCCUUACAUUUAGUGCAGUAUGUGUUCGGUCUGGGGUAUUACAUUACGAUGGGAUUGACGGUGCUCUGCUCGGAUCGUCUGGGAAAAGGGACUGGAACUCUCCUCUCUCAGCUGGACUGGAUUCAUGUAGCUGGAAUAGCACUUUUCAUUAUGGCCUCUCUAAUGCAGCAUCAGUCCAUGGUCCUGCUGGCCAGGCUUCGCACUGGGAAGUCAGGAACAGUGGAGACGCUGGCUCACAGAGUGCCGAUGGGAGGCUGGUUCGAGUUGGUGUCAUGCCCGCAUUACUUUGCUGAGCUGCUGAUCUACGUUUCACUGAGCUUGGUUUUUGGAGGCCUGUCUCUCACCUGGUGGCUUGUUGUCCUUUAUGUGCUCUUCAACCAGGCACUGGCAGCACAGCUUUGUCAUGAACUUUAUAUUAGCAAAUAUGAGUCUUACCCGAGGCAUAGAAAAGCAUUUAUACCGUUUAUAAUGUGAAUAGUUUGUGUUUGCCUUGCGUAUUGGGAACUGUAAGAUCCUAGAAAAAUGUUGUCUGAGGAUCUGAAGGUGCAGGACUGAAACUCACCUCCCUCUCAGCAUUGACUGACAAGCCAACAGGACAACUUUGAACUUUAGUUGACAGCUCCAAAGGGUGAAUGUGAGGCAUGGCAGUGCUAUGGAAACAUUUUUCCAUAGCAGAAGUCUCUCCAAGUGAGAGGUGAGCUGUUUCUUACUGACUGAUGUGAAUAAAUGGGGAAAUAUAUAUAUAUAUAUAUAAAAAAUA